UUUUCUUAUAGGUUUCAAUCCAACUCCUCUAAUGGAAAGUAAAGUACAACCUCUACAACCUUUUCUAGAGGGAAUCAAUUUAAAUCAAAUGGCUGCUUUGGCUGAGAUAUAUGAUAUGUUAGAAGAGGUAUGUUUAGAAUAUAAGCUUUCAUUGGCAUUAACAUGGGCUUGUGGGACUAAUGUGAAUAAAAUUCUAUACAAGAGACGUGCUUUAUUCAUCCAAAGUACUUGUUGUUAUGGGCAAUGUUUCUGGUCUGAAACGGUUAUUGGACAUUGUGAAAGACUUCAAUUUAUAGAAGGGGAAGCUAUUGCUGGGAAAGCACUUCAAUCAAGUGAGCACUUCCAUUUUGAACCAUGUUUUAAGAAAUCUGACUUUCCAUAUUCUGGAGAGUCUCGUAUUAACGAUCAAGCUGUUGUUGCAAUCUGUCUAGAGAACCGAUAUACCACUGAUGAUGUUUAUGUAGUAGAAUUCUUUUGGCCUGCAUCUGAAACAGAGUCUGAAAAAGUAAAAUCCUUGGCACUUCGUAUCUUCAAUGACUUGAAAAAUAUGAAGAAAAGGUUUGUACAAGUAACGGUUCGGGACACUAAAGUUGGGUUUCCAGAAGAAGCUAUUUCAAACUUUUCGCAGGUGACAGUGCCUAUGAGAAACCUCUACCUGCUUCAUCUACCUAUGAUUUGCUAGACUCAAACACAAGGGAUGAUCAUGUAAUGGAAAUACAAGAGUUUAAUGAGCCGAUGGGAGUGAUUCCAAAUUUGCACCCACCACUACCUAUGCAUGCUUCAUCGCCAGCUGGAACAGGGGGAGUGCCUCUUGAGCAGGGAAAUGGAAAACAAACGUCAUUUGAACCACUUGCAAAAAAUGAGAAUGAGAUGGUAAAAGCAGAUGUAAAUAACUUACUGAUCUCAAGUGCCAAACGAAAAAAGUUGACAUCUGAUGUUUGGGAAGAAUUUAUCAAUAAGAAAGAUGGGGAUGGGAAAGAACUUGCUAUAUGUGUAUAUUGUGAUAGAAAGUUUGAUGGUUCAAGCAAGAAAGGAACUACCCACCUAAGAAAUCACUUGAAAAGAUGUAAAGAAAGAGCAACCAAAGUUGGGAGAGGUGAUUCAAAAAAUGAAAGUGCUAGCGAAGGUAAUUCUUCAUUUGAUCAAGAUAAGAGUAGCAUGGAUGUUGCAAGAAUGAUUAUUAAGCAUCAGUGCCCAUUGAAUAUGGUUGAGUAUGAAUUUUUCAGUAUUUUUUUGAAAAAUUUGCAACCAAUGUUCAAACUUCAAUCACAAGAAGCUCUAUCAUCUAACAUAAUCCAUGUCUACCAAGAGGAAAAACGUAAGCUCGUUCAAAAUUUUGAUAAGCUCUCAUGUCGCUUUAAUUUGACAAUUAGUUUGUGGGUACAUGAUCUUGAAAAGACUGCUUAUUGUUGUUAUACUGUACAAUUUAUUGAUGACAAUUGGGAAUUAAAGAAGAAAAUUCUUGCUUUAGAAAAUUUAGGGAAUCAAUUUAACCAAAGGACUUUCAUUGAAAAUUUCAAAAAGUUCUUUGAGUAUUGGAAGUUUGGCAAGAAAGUUUGUUCCUUAACCAUACAUACUUCUUCUUCAUGUUUCAAGAUAGCUGAAGAAAUAAGAAAGAGCUGGCAGUGUUUUGUAGCUUCAUAUCCUUCAAGCUCAUUUUUCAUCAGUAGUGAUGAAUGUAGUUUUGGUCUUCUUGGUAAGGAUAACUCAGGUGAGAAGAAUGUUGAAAAAUCUAUUGAUGGUGGCAUUAGAACUUCAAAUGCAUGUUUGCGGGACAUUUUUGGCAUCUACAAGAAAUUGAGUCAACGGGAUGGAAGAGGAUAUCCAUUAAUGAAUGUGAAAUUUGACAACAAGUGUUGGACAUGUAGCUUGAUUUUGGCAAUUGCAGUUGUUCUUGACCCGCAAUUUAAAUUUAAUUUUGUGGAGUUCUCCUACAAUGCAAUCUAUGGCGAUGAAGCAGCCAAAAUUCAUUUGAAAAUGAUUCGUAAUACUCUUACUGAUAUUUUUUAUGAAUAUGCAAGUAAUAUAUCUAGUGGGACACUAUUCCUCGAUGAUACUAAUUCAUCGACAUUGUUGAAUGCUGAAGAAAAUACAAUGGAAUCUUUCCAUAGGUGGUGCAAUUCCAAAAGGAAUACUGAAGCCUCAUCGAUGUCAGAACUUGAUAAUUAUCUUUCUCAACCUAUAAUUAUUUCUUCCAAUCCAGACUUUGACAUACUUGGUUGGUGGUGUGAACAAGCUUCACACUUUCCUAUUCUUGCGAGGAUGGUUCGUGAUAUCUUAGCAAUACCUGUGUCAUCUAUUAUAUCAAGUUCCACUUUCAAUGAAAAGAUUUUCAUGGACAAUCCAAUAUUCAGUGGAUUAGAUCCUCAGAUCAUAGAGGCGAUGAUAUGCGGCAGGGAUUGGUUAGAAUCUCCUAAAGAAGAUGACAGAGUAAAUCUUGCACCAAUGCAGAACAGGGCUAAAAGGAAGAUGGAGGAGAAAGAGACUUUUGUGAUGAAAAGUUGCAAGAAGGGUACAACAAUAUGGACAGAAAAGGAUGUUGAGGCAUAUUUGAGGUUUCCUUUCACGGAGAAAGAAAGAGAACAUUUGAGCAAAUGGCAAACUCAUGCAAUAAGUGGAGAAUCUGUUGGACAAGAUAAGAUACCGCUUAGUGCGUUAGUACCUUUGCUUAGGAUUCCUCCACAUGAUGUUGAUUCUACGAAUGCACCAAAUUACUAUAUUAAGGAUACUGUUGUGAAUCAGUUUUUCGUUUUGCUUAAAAGAAGAUAUGAGAAAUUCCCACAUGAGUACAUAAAGCACCAUUCAUUCGAUUCUUGUAUUGCUGAUUUCCUGAUUAAGGGAUCAAGGACUGAAGAUGAAGUGUUAAGUCGGGUUAAAAAAGAGGACUUUAAAGGCGUGAGCAAGUUGUUUCUGCCAAUUUGUUUAAAUAAACAUUGGCUUCUUUUUUAUGCUGACAUUGAUGAUAAAAAAUUGCUAUGGUUGGAUUCAAUCGAAAAUUCUCGAAUGUCCAAUGAUUCAGAGAAGCAUAUAAUCCGACGAUGGUUUUUAGAGUUUCUAUUGCCGUUAUCAGGACAUGAUCAUAAGGAUUGGUCAUUUGAUGUCCCAGAAAAUAUUCCUAUGCAAAAGAACUCUGUGGAUUGUGCACUCUUUGUGAUGAAAUAUGCAGACUGCCUCACACAUGGCAAUUAUUUUCCUUUCACUCAAGAUGACAUGCCUCACUUUCGACGCCGGACGUUUCUUGAUCUAUACCAUGGAAGUGUAUGUUUGGGAGGGAGCCAAGAUGACAGAGCAAAACAUGCACCAUUGCCAAAUAAGGCUAAAAGUAAAAGGAAGAUGGACGAGAAAGAGAGUAUUUCUCUGGUUAAAAUUUCGAAAAAUUGGAAUUCUGAAGAAACUAAUAGUACUGGAGACUAUGCCAAAGAUUCCGACCUAAAUGAUGGUGAUCCAUCUCUAGACAAUUGGUUGGAGUUACAAAGCUCCGCUUCUGAGUCUGCUGGUGAAGAAGUAGUGAGCAUGGAAGCUUCAGUCUGCAGUCGGAACACGUUGGAAAUGUCAAAAUGAAGCAAGUCCAAUUGUAAUUUGCUU